AUGCAAUCGAUCUAUGAUUGUCGCCCUUUUGCCAAUGAUUAUAGCAACAAGUCCUUGAUAUGGGAUGAGGUUACAGCCGACGUAAACAGUGUUGAGCACACUCAUCUGCACCCACUUACAGCAAAGGGUGUCAGAGCAAGAAAGAAUUUGCUGUUCAAGAAGUUGAAUCUGGUCGUCAACAAAGACAAUGAGAGAUCCUUGCCUGUGUUUAACCCACACGUUCCGGAGAACCUCCAAAGACUAUUAUAUAAUGUAUACACAGCCAUAUAUUAUGGAUUAUCAAGAGUUGAGGGCUGCCAAAGACAAGGCAACCAAAAUAAAAGAAAAAGAAAAAAAGGCUAUAGCAAAAAAAUGAUGGUUAUUGCAACGUAUGGCCAGGAAAACUUAAGCAGUGAUAACAACAGCUCUGACUCUGACUCUGACUCUGACUCUGACGUCUCUCAUGGCAGAAAAAAUCCCCAAUCUGCAAGCACAACUAACAAGUCUGCGAGCCUUUUGAAACAACAGUUGGACAUUCUUCAACAACAACAGCACACCAACAAUCUUGUACUGAGGGAGUUGAAGAAAACAAGUCAGUCAAAUGCAGUUCUUGUUGAAUCAAAUCAGGCAAUUGCUGAUUCGAAUAAGGUCAUCACCGAAUCUAAUUCAGCUCUUGCUAAAUCUCUUUUGACAAUUGCUGACUCUAUUUCUGCCUUUGUUGAAUCUUAUAAAAAUAACAAGUAA